AUGGAAAGAAAACCAGAAUGGCUACAAAAACAUAUAUUUGGAAACGAGCUUAUUCCAUAUGGACAGGCACUGUUUGAAGAGCUUGAACCGGAAACUCAGGAAAGAGUCAUGCAAACAAUACGCGAAGACUCAAAUACAGACUAUGACAAACUCUUUCUAGGAUAUAGGUUACCUGAGAUGGGCGACCAGAGCCAAAAGGCAAAAAGGACAUGGGAAAUUUGCAACAUACUAGAUGAACAUAAUGCAAAGAUGCAACAACUUCAAGCAGAGGGCAAUGAAGGAAAAAGAAGAGUUAAAAACUCAGUCAGGAAGAAAGUAAAGCUUGGUCCACGUGGGUUCUAUUAUGACAUAUAA